AUGAAGACUCCAGAGAAGCUCAAGUAUCCUCUUGCUGAAAUGACAUUCCCGUACCUGGCCGAGAUCCGCCGCAGACAGCCCAAGGGCCCGUACAACUUCGGUGGAUGGUCUGCAGGUGGUAUUUGCGCCUAUGAUGCCGCUCGCUACAUGAUUCUCGAAGAGAACGAACAGGUUGACCGAUUGCUCCUCCUCGACUCGCCCUUCCCCAUCGGCUUAGAGAAGUUGCCCACCCGGCUUUACGGCUUCAUCAACUCAAUGGGUCUCUUUGGAGAAGGCAACAAGGCUCCCCCGGCCUGGUUGCUUCCUCACUUCCUGGCCUUCAUUGAUUCCCUCGAUACCUAUAGGGCCGUUCCCCUCCCCUUUGACGAUCCGAAGUGGGCUAAGAAGAUGCCUAAGACGUUUAUGAUCUGGGCCAAGGACGGUAUUUGCAGCAAGCCGGAUGACCCGUGGCCCGAGCCGGACCCGGACGGCAAGCCGGACACGAGAGAAAUGGUCUGGCUCCUCAAGAACCGGACCGACAUGGGACCCAACAAAUGGGACACGCUCGUUGGGCCACAAAAUGUCGGUGGAAUCACCGUGAUUGAGGGUGCAAACCAUUUCACCAUGACUUUGGGACCCAAGGCCAAGGAACUGGGCUCCUUUAUUGGUAACGCCAUGGCCAAUUAG